ACAAGUCCCGAGUGGAUGACUCAAGGUUUCUCUUCGGCAUUUAUUUCUGCAAAUACCUGUUUUGGGUGGGAACCGAAGGAAGUUCCCCUACUCCAAAGUUUAUCUUGGCUUUUCUGCUUUUCCCUAGGUGUCAGCUCUGACGACGAUGGUACCGUUGCAAAGACGACCACGGCGAUCCCAGGAGAAGCUAAGCAGAUCAUCACCACUACGGCCACCAGCAACGUUCAAGGGAGCUCCCUCACGACCAAGCCAGCCAGCCAAUCUACCAACCCCGGGACGUUGCCCCCCACGGCUCCAGGGGCAGCCCCCACAAGCAAACCGGGAAGCCCAGCACCCUCCACCCCUACGACAUUGCCCACCACUGCUCCAAAGACCACCCCUACAAGCACUCUGGGGAACCCACCUACCACCCAGCCUUCAGCAACCACAGCUCCAGCCAACAAGCCCACAGGCAAGCCGGACGACCCUCCACCUGUCCCCACCACAUCACCCAGUGCUUCUCAGACGGUCAGCCCUUCGGCCAGCACCACGACCAUCCCUCCUACAGCAGCCCCCAGCACCGCCCAGCAGAAGACCACCCUGGCAGCCACCUCAGGAGGCUCGGUAGCCAAGCCUGCUGCAAGCUCCGUUCCCACCCAGGCGAGCAGCUCCCCAACCACCUCGAGGGGCUCGGUGGCUGCUGUCACAACACCUCUGUGCAGUGUGGAUCUGGGAAGCUGCCCCUCAGGCCAGUUGGCCAGCACUGUUGGGAGCACUGGAGUCCAAGCAGCCGGCCUUCCACCCGGCGUCAAGGACCUCAGUGCCUCUUCUCCCCCAUCCACCACUGACCAGCCUCGCUCUUCUCCUGCUUCUCCAGUCCAGAGGCUGGCCUCUUCCCCCCAGCCGGGGAGUGCUGGCACCUCUCCUAACCCUUCUGCGUGGGCCCCUGCCCCUGGUAAAACACCUCCGUCUUUACCCACUGGCAUCACAAGCAAGGCCUCAGAUGCUGCCACCACACCGACUCCUCGAGCAGACCGCACAAGCCAAGGACCUGUGCCAGACAGACCCGGACUUACUGAGCGGAGCCCCACCAGUGCCCAGCCGUCAGCACCAGCCCAGGGGGACCAGACGAUCAGCAGCAGGCCUGGCCAACAGCACCCUAAUAUUUCCUUCAAAAAUGAGAUCAUUUGUGAAGCCCAGAUCCAAGACAUGUGGCCCAUCAUAAAUCUGAAGGAAGCUAAAAGCUGUGCCGACUGGAGGGCUGCCAGCAGCAACGAGUCCUUCUUCGAGAUCAUCUGCUCCAUAGGGCGGCAGGCGUUCGACAUCCGCAGGGACAAGUGCACCGUGACCCUGGCCUCCUCUGCGCCCCAGCGCUGGGCCGUGCACACGGUGGUGCACCGCUUCUUAGACCCCGAAGCCAUCUUCGAGAACCUGAAGGAGAAGAGGAACGAGCUCGAGAAGCUGGGCAUCGUCAACGUCACCUACCUCAACCAGGAGAUGGAGGAGGAGGUGAAGGACCAGUUCAGCACGCCCCUCAUCAUCACCAUCAUCACCCUGGCCUGCUCCCUGCUGCUCGUCGUGGCCAUCUACGGCUGCUGCCACCAGCGUUUAUCCCAGAAGAAGAACCAGCAGCACAUCCACCCUGAUCUCCCCGGGUUUGAUGAUGGACGUGCCAUCCUGAUCUUUAAUCAGCGCCUGACCGAGGAGCUGCAGACGAUGGAGAACGGCUACCACGACAACCCCACGCUGGAGGUGAUGGAGACCUGCUCGGAGAUGCAGGAGAAGAAGGUGAACCUCAACGGCGAGCUGGGCGACAGCUGGAUCGUCCCGCUCGACACCAUCAUGAAGGAAGACCUGGAGGAAGAGGAGGACACGCAUUUAUAGGAGACGGAACUCGAUCCCGCAAGAUGCCACCCCCCAGAACCCCCAACUCCCCC